UCUGCCGUGAAAAGGAAGAUGAGAAGUGAGCGGACAGAAAACAGACAACAAGUUUCAGCGGAAUGGCUCCCGGGCUGCUGACCGACCCGCAGAGCGCAGUGCUGCCGAGCAGAGCGCCUGUUUCCCGGCGUUGAAUCAGCGACCUCCGCGCCGAGCGGCGGGCGGCGGCGGAGCUCCGUCAUCUGCGGUGCGGCUAACGAUGCCCAGCUAGCUGCGAGGACUGAAGCCUCGACAGCCACACUACCGACCUACUGCCGCUGUUUUCCCCUCAGGCUGCAGCAUGGAGCGGUCCGGCAGCAUCCAGCUGGACAUCCCGGACUUCAGUAACUCGGUGCUGUCGCACCUGAACCAGCUGCGUGUGCAGGGCCGGCUGUGUGACAUCGUGGUCAACGUGCAGGGUCAGAGCUUCCGGGCCCACAAGGUGGUUCUGGCCGCCAGCUCGCCGUACUUCAGAGACCACAUGUCGCUGAGCCAGAUGAGCACCGUGUCGCUGACGGUGAUCCGCAACCCGUCGGUGUUCGAGCAGCUGCUGUCCUUCUGCUACACCGGCCGGCUGUGCCUGCAGCUCGCCGACAUCAUCAGCUACCUGACGGCCGCCAGCUUCCUGCAGAUGCAGCACAUCAUCGACCGCUGCACCCAGAUCCUGGAGGGGAUCCACCUGAAGAUCAGCCUGGCCGACCUGGACGAGGACCCGGGGGAGGAGGAGGGGCGGGGCCACCGCGGCGGCUGCAGGACCCUGGAGGCGGCGCGAGGCGGUCUGCGUCUCCUCGGCCCGCGGGGAGGUUCCUCCGCCGGAGCCGCGGAGACGCGCGAGGCCGGAAGUCCCGCCGAGGAGCCGCUCAGCCCCCCGGCGGCGGAGCACGGCGGGCCGGAGGGACCCGGCGCCGCCGGCCGGACGGGCAAAGAAUCCAUCCUGCGCAUCAACCGGGCCGGCCAGUGGUACGUGGAGACGAGCGGCGAGCCGGAGCGCGCCGGCAGCAGCGAAGAGGGAGGCGUGGACGGAGUCCGCAUCAAGACGGAGAGGAUGGAGGAGUGGAUCGGGGCGGAGCCUCAGGAGGAGGCGGCCGCCGAGGAGGGAGCCACCAUGAUGAUCGACACAUCAGGACGCAGCGCCCUGCUGCAGGGGCCGCCGGCCUCGCUGGGGCCCAAAACCAUCCAGCCGUCUAGCAGCUUCAGUGAGACAGACAGGUUCAGUCCGACCGGCAGCGUGGUCGUGUUGGCCGAGCGUCAGAGAGCGAAGAGCGAGUCUCCCAGCCGGGCGGACGACCUGCGGCAGCCCAGCUCCCAGGGGGAGGAGCACGCCGCCUUCGACAUGGGCGGCUACGAGGAGUACCUGAGGGAGCAGGUGGGCGACCGCUGGUUCCGUUACAACCCGCGACUCACCUGCAUCUACUGCUGCAAGUCCUUCAACCAGAAGGGCAGCCUGGACCGCCACAUGCGGCUGCACAUGGGCAUCACGCCGUUCGUCUGCCGCAUCUGCGGGAAGAAGUACACCCGCAAAGACCAGCUGGAGUACCACAUCCGCAAGCACACCGGCAACAAGCCCUUCCACUGCCACGUCUGCGGCAAGAGCUUCCCCUUCCAGGCCAUCCUCAACCAGCACUUCCGCAAGAACCACCCGGGCUGCGCGCCGCAGGAGGCGCACAGCGCCUCGCCCGAGACCACCACCGCCUCCGUCACCUCCCGGGGAGGCCAGACCGACGAGGCCUCGCCCAGCCAGGAGGAGCCCGAGGCCGGGGGCGCCGGCGGCGGGGGAGGCCCGUACGGAGACGCCCCGCAGGCCUCGGUGUCCACCACGGGGCCCGACUGACCUCCGAGGCGGGGAGGUGAGGGAGGGAGGGGAGGGGGGCGUCCGGGGGGCCGGUCCGAUCCCGUCGGGCGCCGAUCCGCUACAAUCAAUGCAACAGCCGCCAUGAGAGAACACGUUGCAUGUCGAGUCAGAACUGAGAUUUUUCCGCUUUAAACCGCAUCUACCUUCACUAACCAAACCGAACAGAUUAAGCUAAAUGAAGAAACGCCACACACUCCAACAACCUCAUACGCCACGCCGCGCCGUGCCGCGCCGCGCCGCGCCGCGCCGUGGCCUCGUCUGCCUCUGUCUUUCUUAUGUUACAGAUUUCUACUUUUGUAUUUACCGGUGUUACAGGUUCAGAAUGCAGCACGACAACAGUCUGUCUGGUGGAAACUUUGCCAAACGUCUCUGUGCCACUUUCACACGUCACAGUUCAGAUCCUCUUCACCUGCCUCGAGACAAUCUGCAGCGCCCCCUGCUGCUCUCAAAGUGCCACAGCGGCUAGAAAACACUCACAAGCAGCUCGACAGGAAAAACCAGUCAGUCAGAAAGGAGCUGACUGGUUGUUAACCCUUUGAAACCCUCAACAAAAUUCACUGCAUUUCUUUUUUUCCUGUCAUUUUUUAAAAUUCAUUUAGGUUAACUUAACUCUUACGGUCAGCUUAUAAUAAUUCUAAUUAAUUUUGAAAAAAAAAUUGCUUCUUUUUUGGGGUAAUAUUCUAGUAACAUUUCAUUAUUUUCCAGUAUUUUUUCUUAUAACUUUUUACUAAUCUCUUGCUAAUUUUCAGGUCAGUUCCUGCUAAGACCACGAAAGGUGAACCACGUUAUAGCGAGGGACAACAGCAUCUUUCCCAUGUUUGUCUGAAAGAAAUUAAAUGAACUUGCUCAAGUUUCAAAGGUUUAAAUGCUUGUGAACACUUUUCACAAGCAUUUAAACACAAGAAAUCUGAUCGAGCACCACUGAUCUGACAUUUAAAACAUAAUAAUCAAAUUUUCUCUCUGCGCUUCUUUGCUAAUGAACCUUUUCUCCUCGUUGUGGAGAGAAAUGCAGUGAAGUUGUGGGUUUCAGAGGCUGUCGGAACAGAUUGGAUUGGAUGCAGUAGAUUUGCGGAGACCAUCGGGCAGCCUGUUGCCUGUUCAGACACACAGCAGGAAAACUUGACGGCGUCAGCCUCAGAUAAGCUACACAGCAGCUCAGUUACCUCUCAUCACUACGCAAUACAGCACAGCCAGGACGCAUCACCUCCACGUGUGUGAGCUUCUCUGUGAGGUGGAACUAUUUUUAUAACGUUAAGCUUUUUCACGGACACUUUGAGCUCUGACAAUGUGGGAGGAGAAGGAGCCACAGACCCUGUCGGACCAGAUGGAUGUAGGAGCUGGAGGUCAGAGGUCACCCGCCGGAGGUCAGGAGCGGGGCGGACGGACUUCCCGGCAACCAAAGGAAAGGAGGCGUGGCCUCCGGGCCUCCGAAACGCCAAAACAACUCGAGCACUUAGAGAGAGGCGGGGUCAAACAAACUGACUUUUUUACACAACUAUGAAAAAUCUAUAUACCUAUAUCACACAUGCAUAUUUAAAGGAGUAGUUUUUGUUUUGUUUUGCAUCAGAGAACAAUGUAAAGACGCUAAGUGUUGAAUCAGUUGUAAGGGUAGCACAUGGAUUGGCUGUUACUGUUUCUCUCAGAGCUGUGAAUCAGAUUCUCAGUGGACGGUGGUUUCUUAUGCAAGCCGAGCAGCUGCCUCCGCUCCCACCGCGUCACUCUUCAGGCUAAACAGGAACUAUCAGGUAUAGAGACUCUGUCCUCUUUUAUUCACUGACCGGACGUUUACUCCCCUCGUAGCAGAGCGCUAACCGCUAACAGCUAACCGCUAACCUCAGCCAGCUGCUCACCGUGGAAAUCCUCCUGUACAUAGAAGAGCAGCAGCUGAUCAGUUCACUGAGAAUCCCUGCGAAGGACAGAAACCUCAGCUGACACACACACACACACACACACACACUCACACACACACACGCACACACACACACACACACACACACACACACACACACACACACACACACACACACACAAAUGCACACACACACACACACACAUGCACACACACACACGCACACACACACACACACACACACACUCCCUGCAGAAACUCAAGGAAUACACACAGACUGAUUUGACUUUCAGUGCAGUGAAGUUGUCCAGAAAAGUCUCACUUCAUCACCAGAUGUGAAGCUUUUUUUUUUUUUUUGUAAACCUUUCUGUCCUUCACAUCAGAACCAGCCUGAACCGGACUGGACCAGACGGAACCAGUUUGAACCAGUUUAGACUGUAGCAACAAGUGAUGGGCAUUUUCAGUUCAGACUCGUCAUUUUAAAUCAUUUCUGCUGCUUCCAGUCCAGUUUAGACCAGUCAACAUAGUCUGGUCCAGUUUAGACCAGUUUAAUCCAGUUUAGACUGGUCAACAUAGUCUGGUCCAGUUUAGACCAGUUUAAUCCAGUUUAGACUGGUCACCAUAGUCUGGUCCAGUUUAGACCAGUUUAAUCCAGUUUAGACCAGUUUAAUCCAGUUUAGACCAGUCAACAUGGUCUGGUCCAGUUUAGACCAGUCAACAUAGUCUGGUCCAGUUUAGACCAGUUUAAUCCAGUUUAGACCAGUCAACAUAGUCUGGUCCAGUUUAGACCAGUUUAAUCCAGUUUAGACCAGUCAGCAUGGCCUGGUCCAGUUUAGACCAGUUUAAUCCAGUUUAGACCAGUUUAAUUGAUCAGAUCAAAUCGAGUUCUGUCAGCCUGGUGCAGUUUAAUCCAGUCAGAUUGAUCUUAAAUCCAAUUUCAUCCAUUUAGCCCAGUCAGGCUGAUCUGGUUCAGCCCAGCCCAGUCCACUUCUGACCGGUCUGGAGGCUCCAGCUCUGGUCCGGUCCAGUCCGGUCCGGUCCGGUCCAGUUGAGUCCGGUCUGGUCCGGUCCGGUCCAGUCCAGUCCGGUCUGGUCUAGUCCUGUCCGGUCCGGUCCGGUCCUGUCCUGUCCAGUCCGGUCCAGACCGGCUCUGGUCUGGCUGGUUUCCAGUUUCCUCUGUUGCCUGGACGACUUCUGGCUUUGAUGCUUUUCACUUUUUUACUCUUUAUUGUGUGAAAUGUUUAUUAUCUGAAUAUCCAGUAACCUUGACCACAACAUGCCUACUUAAAUCAAAUCAUUUAGAUAUAUACUUAAUGACUUACUCAAUACUGUUGAUUCCUCAGAAUAUAUCCUAAUAUAUCAGAAAACACGUCAGAGAAAAAAUGGAAUUUAGUAAAUUAACUUUUAAUAUUGUACAUUUUUUAAAGAAGAGGUACUCAACACGUCACGUAGACAAACCUGACAGGUUUGAUGUGAAGAUCCUUUAUGUUGCAUGUGUCUGUUGCUAAAACAACCUGGGGGUGGGGGGUGGCGGGGGGUGUUACUGCUGGUUUGCAAGGCCAAAGGUCAAAGGUCGCUUAGUUAAUCAUUUAGAUAAUGUGAAGAGCUUCUCUCACCAUGACCACUAGAUCACUCACAGCUCCACUCCGAUCUCAGACCAGGAAAUAAAGCACUUUAAGUGUCACAGCGGCUCGCCUCUUCCUUCUGCCCGCACACACACACACACACACACGCACACACACACA